GUUCCAAUUUUACAUGCCCAAUGGCGUGCUGUAUGUGCAUUUACAACAAACAGAACAUAUUGGAAUUGGUUGAAUUUUGCAUAGGAUGAUGUUAAUGAUGGUCACAUUGCUGCAGAUGGGGAUCUUACUUCUUGGGAAGGUAACAAUGAAUCAGCGACUGCCUUUCCCGUUCUGAAAUCAGUCCAUGAGCGCUGUGAAGCAUGCACUGUUGUAGACCUUUUUAUUUUUGUCCAAUAUUUGGCUUUUAAUUGCGAAAGAAAAUGCUGAUUUUUGCCGUGAAUUUCUCCACCGUGACUGCGUCGUCGAUGCUAUUUCCAGGAUUUGGAUCUCCAUGAGAAAAAAUGAGCGAAGAAUCGACAAAUCCAAACAACGAUGACAGUUAUGCACGUGUGAGAGCAGUGGUAAUGACUCGUGAUGACUCCAGUGGUGGAUGGCUGCCUUUGGGUGGUGGGGGCCUCAGCUGUGUCACCGUCCACAAAAUCAGCCGUCCAGACAGCGACACUGCCAACGGCCCCCCGGAGUUCCUCAUCCAGGGGGAGCGGCUCAAAGAUAAAUCGGUCGUUCUGGAGUGUAGCUUAAGGAGGGACCUUGUCUAUAACAAAGUCAACCCCAUCUUUCACCACUGGAGGAUCGACAACAAGAAAUUUGGCCUGACCUUCCAGAGUCCAGCAGACGCCAGAGCCUUUGACAGAGGAAUACGCAGAGCCAUGGAGGAUAUUAAACAAGGCUGUCCGCUGUACAGUGAUACUGACACUCCUGAGGAUGGAUCACAGGCCAAUCAGGAGUCUUCGUCCAUCUGCACGCCGGUGAGGGAACCUUUCUCCCCCCACAGGGGCGUGGUGUCCACCGAACAACCUUUCCGUAGUUGCUACGUCCGCGCUCAGCCCUUCAACGAGUUCCCCACCACUACCCGCCGCUACCUGCCCCCACAGGCUUCCUUCACUACCACACGCCACGUGAGCUUUCACAUGGACGAGGAAGAGAUCGUGCGCAUAAACCCGCGCAAGGACGUGCUGAUCCGGGGAUACGAGGACUACCGUCACCCCGUCAUGUGGAAACAGGACAUGGAACGGGAGGACCUGGAUUUUCCCACCACUUUCUCUAAACUGGACAGUAAGAAGUGCGAAUACUUAUUCCCUGAAGGACAGGACCCUCACUCCGGCGGAAAAGACGCCAUAAAAACCCAGCAGCCCUCCCCGCUCCUCAAAUCCAAAAAGUCGAGGAGGAGACGCGAGGACGGGGAGCGUUCGCGCUGCAUAUACUGUCGCGAGAUGUUCAACCACGAGGAUAACUGGAGAGGCCAGUGCCAGGAUGCCCCCGACCCCAUCAAGCAGUGCAUCUACAAGAUCAGCUGCAUGCUGUGCGCCGAGAGCAUGCUCUAUCACUGUAUGUCCGACUCCGAGGGCGACUUUUCGGACCCGUGCUCUUGCGACACGAGCGACGAGCAGUUCUGCCUGCGCUGGUUGGCCCUGUUGGGACUCUCCUUAAUCGCGCCCUGCAUGUGCUGUUACCCGCCCCUGCGCGCCUGUCACCACUGCGGAGAGGCGUGCCACUGCUGCGGCGGGAAGCACAAAGCCGCGGGGUGA